AUGCCCAUGGCGGCUGAGGGGAUAAAGGCCUCAUUCUUAGGCCAGGAGGUAUUUGUGACGGUAGAUGAUACAAGAGUCAGGAUUAAAAGGGAUCCGUCUACAGUUGCUAUUCAGAAUAGCGAGAACGACCUUGUGAUUAGAGACAUUCCAUUGAUUGAGAUACGAUCUCUUCAUGUGAAAAACAAUGAAGGCUUCUUUCUGAAGUUGAAGCUAUCUGAAGAAACUAUCGUACUUAGAUUUAAAACCCUCCACUCUAGGGACAUCAUCAAGUCAAUAAUUCUCUCGUUCAUGAAGACGGACCAAGACAUAACAAAGAAGAUUCUGGAGUCUGAUCCGGCCAUGAGAGUUCUAUUCAACAAUCUAAAGCAAUGGGUUUCACCCUCAAAGUUCUGGUCCAUCAACAGGGACAAGAUGAAGCAGAUGGUUGCUAUAGUUAGGCAGCAGCCAUCAAAGGAAAUGGAGAUUGAUGAAAAGUCCUUUAUAUCUUCGUUAGAUCCUGUUCUUCUAAAUAUAUUUGAGCAAAUGAACUGUUCCAUAAAUCAGUUCUACAAUCUUCUAAGGCAAUCGUAUUUUUGUGAUCCCAAGAACGAGAAAAAUAGUCUUGACCGGAUGGUCAGCUCUGCAGUAAGAAGCCACGAAGUCAAACAAGACUUUGCUUCCAGAAUAAACACUCACUCGGUCCUGGCUUUGAAGCCUAUUGAAGAUGUGAAAAUCGAUCCAAGCACAAAGGAGGGAAAGAAGGUGGAGUUUCUGCCUAUAUACCCGUUUGAAGAGGAGAAGACAGAAAGGCCAAGAAGAAGGUUCGUGUUUGAGAAGAAGCCUCUAAGAUGUGAGGUUGAGCUUGAAAUUACACCUAUGGUAGAGAAAAAAGUAUUUGAGAAAAAAGAUCUUGCUUGGAUUAGAGACUUAUCAAAAAUCGUAUAUAAGUCAAUGAAGGAGAAGGACGGAGAAUUCCUAAAGGAAGUUGCUGGAAUCACCAAAAGGUUUCUAGAUGGUAUGGAAAAAAAAUAUGGAAAGGGAUGCGAUGUUUACCUUAGGAGGAUCUUACCAACCUAUUUCAUUGAAAAAAAGGAUGAGUAA